AUGGCCAUCAUGAACCGUGUGUAUGCCGUUUUGUUGGUUGUUCUCGUAGUCUUGUGCCAAAUCAUCGCUGCACAAUCUGAGAAGACCUCUGUUGGAGACCUCUCGUCUGCAGAAAUCGAGGAACAGAUUCAGGUUGGUCCAUCGCUAGACAUGAAUACUCAACAAUAUGCUGAUUUCUUCNAGCAAUGUCCUCUCGUCCAGUCUCUUAAUGCCCACAAGGCUUCAACAGCACACGAGGCUGCUACAGGCUUCACAGCUAGAGCAUUCGCCGUAUUGUUCCCUGGAUCACCCGCUGUCAAUACACUUUUGAGCGUACUCUACAUCUCUGGACCUCCCAAUUUCUUGCUGGCUCUAUGCCCUUCAGACAUUGAUCCUGCAUCCUUGAACACCAUGGUUGCGUUUGCUUUCGGCGGACUCAUGGGCGACACUCUCUUCCAUCUCCUCCCGGAAAUCUUUGUUGGUGAAGAUAGUCCAGAGCAUGUGACUCUUGUGGUUGCCGAUGGCAACAAGAAUAUUCUACUUGGAAUUGCCAUCAUGGUUGGUUUUGUCAGUUUCGUCAUUCUCGACAAGGCUAUUCGUAUUGCUUCUGGAGGUGAUGAGGGGCACGGUCACUCUCAUGGUCAUGCUCACGGCAAGGUUGAGGGAGGUGACAAGGCAGCCGCUUCUGCCAAAGCAUCUGGAUCUGACAGCAGUGCUCAAAGCGAUGGUCUCCGCCAGCGUAACUCUGAGAAGACAAACGCAAAGCCCGUCGUGCCUGUAGAGCAACAGGAAAGCGGACCAAGCUCUAACAGAGGCUACCUAAACAUUAUCGCAGACUUCACUCACAACAUCACUGAUGGUCUCGCCAUGGCAUCUUCAUUCUAUGCUUCUCCCACUGUGGGAGCAUUGACAACCACCGCAGUCUUCUUUCACGAGGUCCCUCACGAAGUCGGCGAUUUUGCUCUUCUCAUCCAGUCCGGCUUCUCCAAACGUGCAGCCAUCGGCGCACAAUUCUUGACCGCAGCAGGCGCUCUCACAGGAGCACUCAUGGGUAUCGCAGUCCAAGAAUACGGCGGCAACGGUGUUGACGCCAUUGCCACUCCGGGACUCUUCGGCACCAGUCUCCACUGGGGCGAUUUGCUGUUGCCUUGGACUGCAGGAACUUUCAUGUUUGUGGGCAUGAGUGUUGUUCCUGAGCUCAUGGAGACUGGUCCCAACAAAGUUGCCGAGAUCAAGAAGAUUAUCACUCAGUUGGUGGCCAUUGCCGCUGGCGCUGGCAUUAUGAUUGCGUAA